AUGGAUGGUGAGGAACAGCAGAUAGAUGGUGAAAUUCAUAACCAUGAGAACAUGUUGAAAGAAAAAAAGAAAUCAUGGGGAAAACUGUUUCGGCCGGAUUCUUUCAGCCUAGAGGCCGGAAAAACUCCAACAAAUACUGAUCUUCCCUCAUUGAUGAGCUGGAGAACGACGAUGAGUUUGGCAUUUCAGAGCCUAGGAGUGGUGUAUGGAGACAUCGGGACAUCACCAUUAUAUGUGUACGCAAGUACUUUCACAGAAGGCAUCAAUGAUAAAGACGAUGUCAUCGGUGUUCUCUCGCUCAUCAUCUACACACUUACGCUCGUCGCGCUUCUCAAGUAUGUCUUCAUUGUCCUUCAGGCUAACGACAACGGAGAAGGAGGAACAUUUGCAUUGUACUCAUUGAUAUGUCGUUAUGCAAAAACGGGACUAGUCCCAAACCAAGAACCAGAAGAUAGUGAGCUCUCAAACUAUAGACUUGAACUUCCAAACACACAACACAGAAGAGCCCAUAAGAUCAAAGAGAAGCUCGAAAACUUCAAAUUCGCUAAGAUCACACUCUUCCUCGUCACUAUUAUGGGCACUUCGAUGGUCAUUGGUGAUGGUAUACUUACUCCUUCUAUCUCAGACACGGUCGUCGGUGUUUCGGUUGCAAUCUUGAUUCUGCUAUUCGCAUUUCAGCGGUUUGGAACCGAUAAAGUCGGAUUCUCAUUCGCUCCGAUCAUCCUCGUAUGGUUCUCAUUUCUGACCGGAAUUGGUCUCUUUAAUCUGUUCAAGCAUGACAUUACCGUCCUAAAGGCACUUAAUCCACUCUAUAUUAUUCACUACUUUCGAAGAAACGGUAAAAAGGGUUGGAUUUCUCUCGGAGGUGUUUUCCUCUGCAUCACUGGGACGGAGGCCAUGUUUGCUGAUCUAGGUCAUUUCACUGUUCGAGCCGUACAGAUUAGUUUCUCAUGUGUCGCAUAUCCGGCGCUAGUAACAAUUUAUUGCGGGCAGGCUGCUUACCUCACUAAACAUACUUCCAACGUUUCAAACACUUUCUACGACUCAAUCCCAGAUCCUUUUUACUGGCCGACAUUUGUGGUGGCGGUCGCAGCAUCGAUCAUCGCGAGCCAAGCUAUGAUAUCCGGCGCCUUCUCAGUCAUCUCACAGUCUCUACGUAUGGGUUGUUUCCCUCGAGUGAAAGUAGUUCACACCUCGGCUAAGUACGAGGGACAAGUCUACAUCCCCGAGAUCAACUACUUCCUCAUGCUUGCAUGCGUCGCGGUUACCCUGGCCUUUAGGACAACCGAAAAGAUAGGUCAUGCUUAUGGAAUAGCUGUCGUAACCGUCAUGGUCAUAACGACCUUUAUGGUGACUCUCAUAAUGCUUGUUAUUUGGAAGACCAACAUAGUGUGGAUCGCUAUGUUUUUGAUAAUCUUUGGCUCUAUAGAGAUGUUGUAUCUUUCGUCGGUUAUGUACAAGUUCACGAGCGGUGGGUAUCUACCGCUUGCGAUAACGAUAGUUUUGAUGACGAUGAUGGCGAUUUGGCAAUACGUUCAUGUUCUCAAGUACCGGUACGAGUUGAAAGAGAAGAUUUCUGGUGAAACCGCUAUACAAAUGGCCACAAGACCCGACGUAAACCGGGUACCAGGGAUCGGUCUCUUCUACACUGAGCUUGUACACGGUAUAACUCCAUUGUUCUCUCAUUAUAUCUCCAAUCUUUCUUCGGUCCACUCGGUUUUCGUCUUGAUAUCGAUCAAGACACUUCCUGUGAACCGCGUAACCGCAUCAGAACGAUUCUUUUUCCGUUAUGUGGAGCCAAAGGAUUUUGGAAUGUUUCGGUGUGUUGUGAGGUAUGGUUACAAAGAAGACAUCGAAGAGUCUGACGAGUUUGAGCGUCAGUUUGUUCAUUACUUAAAGGAGUUCAUACAUCAUGAGUACAUCAUUUCCGGAGGAGGAGGAGAAGACGUGGAAGAGACGGAGAAAGAAGAGGAACCAAACGUUGAAUCUACACUUGUGACUUUGUCUAACUCUGUCCCUUCGUCCGGGCGUAUCGGGUCCACUCACUCUUCGUCGAACAAGAUUAGGUCGGGAAGAGUUGCGCAGGUGCAAUCCGUAGAGGAUCAGACGGAGGUUGUGGAGAAAGCGAGAGAGAAAGGAAUGGUUUAUCUAAUGGGAGAGACGGAGAUCAUGGCGGAGAAAGAUUCUUCUUUGUUUAAAAAGUUUAUAGUGAACCAUGCUUACAAUUUCUUGAAGAAGAAUUGUCGCGAAGGUGACAAAGCACUUGCAAUUCCAAGGUCGAAGCUUCUUAAGGUUGGCAUGACUUAUGAGCUAUAA